AUGGCGUGUGAAUGGGUUCUACUGGCAUUGCUCGUCAUUGCGGUGUUAUCGUACAGUGAAUCCACAUUGUUUCCAAUCAAUACGAAACUACCUGAAGAUGGUAUGGAUAUGAUGUUACCGUACGAUAGAAUAUCAUUAGAUGAUUGCCACACACGAAACUGGAAAGAUGGUUUCAUGGGGUUGGUGGCACCUGCCUACGGUCAACCAGCGUUAUUGCGCGAGUUUGCUCAUAUCGCCGCAAUCGGUUGGACGGGACCGAAUGGCAAAAUAAUCUGGGGCUGUGGUGGAUCGCUGAUAUGGGAGAACUUCAUUCUUACUGCAGCGCACUGUGCAGCGAAUGAUGAAGAUGUUGCACCGGAUGUGGCUCGGAUGGGUGACCUCAACAUUUACAGCGAUGAGGACGAUGAAUUUCCUCAGCAGUUACGUAUUGUGAAGAUCAUACGGCACGAACAGCAUCGGUACAGCGCGAAGUACUACGAUGUGGCGCUAAUGCAGCUUGAAAAGAAUAUCAUGGUGCAUGAAACCGUAGCACCGACUUGCCUCUGGUUAGAUGACGAGGUACGCUUCCCGAAGCUUUUUGCCGCCGGAUGGGGUAAAACAGGUUUUGGUGAGGACAAAACGAAAAUUCUGCUAAAGGUCGAACUAACCCCCAUGAACAACACUGAAUGUUCGCGCUUUUAUACCUCCUCCGAGCGUGGAUUGCGCAAUGGGCUACAUGCGCAUCAUCUUUGUGCGAGUGACGAGAAAAUGGACACAUGUCCGGGAGACUCUGGUGGCCCGUUGCAUGUGAAAUUGCUACACAACGCUAAAAUGACACCAUUCCUGGUAGGUGUCACAUCGUUCGGUAAACCGUGCGGGCAAGCGAAUCCCGGUGUAUACGCGCGUGUAUCCAGCUUCGUAGAUUGGAUAAUCGAAACACUGCAGAAAGAGGGAGAAAAGGCGACGGCACAGAAAUUUGAGCCAUGGUCCUGUGCUCUGCGCUAUGUACACGUGCGCGAGUAUGAGGAUGAUGUGGUUGUUUCGAGAUCCAACAACUAUGAAACCUACAACUCGGAUAACGCUCAUCUGGUUGGUGGUGACAGUAGACAACGGGUUCAAAUCAUGUGGGCGAAUUCCAUUGUUCCCGGCCGGGAAAACUGUUCCGGUACACUUAUUGAUCGUGAUGCCGUUGCUACAUUGGCAGAGUGUGCAUCCCAUAUGGGAGCAAGUCCCAGUAGAGUUAAGCUUAGUAAUGGCAAUUUCAUCAAUGUCAGUGAAACCGUCGUACAUCCGAAGUAUAAUCCAGCGAAAGGACGGUACUACAAUAAUAUUGCUAUUUUGAAGCUGCCGUAUCCUGUUUCUAUUAUUCCUGCAUGUGUGUGGUAUCAUGACUCCAUUCCGGAUCCUAAGUUUGAGGUGAUCGGAAAAGGUCGCGCCGAUAUGACGCCCUACAAUCGUGAUGAACCAGUAACCUUACUCGAUCCUCGCAUCGUUGGAAUUUCGCCUCGCGCAACGCUACAGUCCAACAGUGAAUGUCGGCUGGCCGACCAGUUUCGUACACAACUAGGAAUGGGUCUCCAAGCUGAACAUAUCUGCUUCCAGAACAAACCAUUUCUAGUUCCAUCCACUUGCGAUCAGCAGUUCGGUGGUCCUAUCGAGCGAGAAAUGUGGCGCUUCACACGGUACUUUAACUACGCAUAUGGAAUGAAUCUAUUUGGGCGCGAUUGUGGCUUCGGAGAACCCGCGGUAGCUGUACGAUUCAACGCUCAUAGGAAGUGGAUGGAAUCCGUAUUACUACCCGAAAUUACCAAUCGAAAACAGAGUAGUCCUACUGGAUCGAGCGAUUCGGUCAUCUUUAUCAAUCCCGAUCUAGUACUAAAUGACCGAUGUAGUUACGGAGGAGGCGUUGAAGGUGUUUGUGUACCGCACAAUAAUUGCCCUAAUAUUCGGCAACGAAUGGAUAAUAGUGCACCAGUAAUGCUAUGCUCGAAAGGAUCGGUAGUUUGCUGUCCCCAGGGAGAUAUUAGAAGCCCACCGAGCGCGAUCGAGAUGGAGUUCAACGAGUGUGAACAACGUUACGCUCAUCUAAGAAAGCAACGUCAGCAGCGUUGGAAUGGAUUUCAACCAUUGAACACGAGGCAGCCGCAUGGUGCUGAGGUAGGAUGGGAAGACGGUUCGGAAAUACGGUUUCAGUGCAUUGGAUAUCUGAUCAGUACACGAGCUGUCGUAACGUCCGCUAGCUGUUUGGCAUCAAAGGAAUACCUCCCGAACGUUGUGCGCUUAGGUGGGUUACAGUCUGGACAGUUCGCCACUGACAUAGCGAUUAUACCCAUCGAAAUGACGAAGUAUCAUCCGGAGUUUAACGUGAAUACGUACGAAAACAAUAUUGCAUUGUUGAAACUUGUAUCACCAGUGCAGCUUACCGUUACCACGUUCCCGGGAUGUUUGUGGCAGAACAAGACUCAUAAUCCAGUGGAGUCCCAAAUUUUGAGCGGUAAUGGUUUCCAACCGAUGCACCCUAUGUAUUUGAGAGAUUGUAAUGCGCGCUUUGCCAAACCGUUUACAAAUCCACGUAUUACAUGCAUGGUUCCGGGAGUGUACGGAUCAGGAGAGUUUUGUUAUGCAGCGGGAAGUCCGAUCGUUUAUAGGAAAAAUGAGGAUACCAAUCUAUUCACCGAGUUUCUGGUAAACAUAUACAGCCACGGACCGUGUAAUUCAACAUCUCUGCGCAUAGUGCACCGUAUUUCGAUGUACAUUGAUUGGUUCAAGGAGGUACUGAAGUAG